AUGGCGUUUUUUGUAAUGAUCCCUCCUGAAAACAUUCAAUUUUCAUCACUAAAGAUGUCCACAACCGGGGCCAAUGGGUCCUCAAAGUAUAUGGAAAAACUCAGGGAACUUCACUUAAGAGUGAAUGAGGCUAGAAAAUCUAAUCAUAUUCAGGUUGUUGAAGAGGAUAAGCGAUCAAAACUUCCAUCAAACUGGGAAGUACGACAAAAACGAUUACAAUGGGAAGAAGAAGAUGAACUAUUUAGAUUGGAAUGUAAUCAACAAAAAAUUGAUCCAGAUCGAAUGCGUGCAUUAAAUGUUAGUGCUGAAAUCGCCGAUCGUCUUGAAAUAAGACGAAGAAAAAAAUGUAAUACAGAUGAAGGAUUUUCAACAUACGCUGAUGCAUCACAUCGUAAAUAUCUUAAAAUGACUAAACAGAUUAAACCAGAUUUGAUUGCUUAUCAAAAGGAGAAAGAAAAAUUAGGAGAUUUAGCCUUUCCAACUGCUGAUACAAUAGGAUUAACAGAUCGCAAAGACACACCUGAAGCUGUUGAGCGUCUAGCUAAACAAAUAAUUGAACAAGGUGUCAAGCGUAAAGCUUACAGUCGGAGACGUCCAUUCGAUGCCGAUGCUGAUAUUGACUAUAUUAAUGAGCGUAACAAACGAUAUAAUGAGUUACUUGACCGACAUUAUGGGAAAUAUACAGCUGAAAUUAAACAAAACCUUGAAAGGGGCACAGCGAUAUAA